AUGAAAUCAAAAUAAUAAAUACUAAAAACUUAAUUUAACGCAAAAGAUUAUGAAAGGAUAGGUUUACUAGAGGACGAAAUAAAAGAAUUAAAAUAAGCAUUCGAUUUAUUUGAUGAAGAUGGUUCAGGAAAAAUAAAUCCAUCAGAAUUAAGAGUUGUUUUUGAAAAUUUAGAAUUUAAAGGAAAUAAAAAAAUAAUUAAUAAUAUUUUAUCUGAGUUAGAAAAUGAUUAUAGUCGAGGAAUGGAAUUCGAAGAGUUUUUAAAAAUUUCUACAAGUAAAAUAUCAGAUAAAGAUUCCAAAAAAGAAGUUUAGAAAGUUUUUAACAUGUUUGAUUUGAAAAAAAAUAACAGAGUUUCUGUUAAUGAAUUAAAAUAAAUUUCUGUUGAUCUUGGAGAAGAAAUGACUGAUGAUGAACUUUUGAAAAUGUUUAAAAAAGCAGAUUUGGAUGAUGAUGGAUAUGUUACUAUUGAUGAUUUUUAUAAUAUUAUUACAGGCAAAGUAUAUUGGGAUAAUUGA